AUGUCUUCUCAGAUGGAAAUUAGGAAGCGGAAGACUAACGGCGACGGUGGUGCGUCAGAUACCGGCGGCAAUGAUCGGGAUUUGUUUAGUGGUUCUUCUAAAUCAGGUCAAAUACGAUCCCCGAGUAGGAUAUUCUUCUUCUGCCUCGCGUUUCGAGUGGUAAAUGCUUUGUUGAUUCAGACUUAUUUCAAUCCCGACGAACAUUGGCAAUCACUUGAAGUAGCUCACCGCACCGUGUUCGGGUAUGGUUACUUGACAUGGGAGUGGAAGAGAGGGAUAAGAAGCUACUUGCAUCCAAUGUUAUUCGCCUUCUUGUAUAAAGUUCUUGAUUUGACUGGCCUUGAUACUCCCUACACAAUGAGCAAAUCUCCACGUAUCAUGCAGUCCAUCUUUUCUGCUCUUGGUGAUCUUUAUUUGUAUAAACUCUCGGAUGCUCUAUAUGGAGAAAAUGUUGCAAGCUGGUCCCUCUUUUGUCAAAUGGCGAACUGGUUCAUAUUCUUCUGUUUGAACCGUACUUUUUCAAACUGUUUGGAAACUGUUCUUACAAUCAUGGGCCUGUACUACUGGCCUUGUAUUAGAGAUUCUUCAAAGGCUUAUCCCGUGAAUCGGAAGUGGGGUUUGGUCAUAGCAGCCCUAGCAUGUGCCAUAAGACCAACAAGUGCAAUAAUAUGGUUAUAUGUUGGGAUGCUUGAGCUAUUUUUGACGUGUAAUAAGGUCAAAUUCAUCAUUCUAGAGGUGAUACCAAUUGGGUCUUUGGUCCUCGGUUUCACCUGCUUGUUGGACCGUCUGAUGUACGGCUCAUGGGUCAUUGUGCCUCUGAAUUUUCUGAAGUUCAAUUUCCUUUCAUCUGGUGGAGACUAUUACGGGACUCAUCCAUGGCACUGGUACAUCACCCAAGGAUUUCUUGUCAUGCUUUUCACUUUCACACCAUUUUCCAUUGCUGGAAUCAUCAAGUCUAAGAAUCAGAAGCUUUCAGUUCUUAUUUUAUGGGUUUUAGCUUUAUACAGCGUACUCGGCCACAAGGAAUUCAGGUUUGUGCUGCCUGUGCUACCCAUAGCUUUGAUAUUCUCUGGAUACGCAUUUGCUCAAAUGGAGGCAUCUGAUUCAUCAUCAUCAAUCGCUAAAAAGAAGCAAGUCCCUCAAAAGAGCCAUAUCUUCAAGUGGUCUCCAAAACUAAGACUUUCAGUCUUCUUUUUGCUUGUUACGAAUAUCCCAAUGGCACUAUACAUGAGUUUAGUCCAUCAGAGAGGAACCGAGACUGCGAUGAACUACUUAUCAGAAGAAGCAUACAAAGAGAGAGUAAAGAGCAUUCUCUUUCUCAUGCCAUGCCAUUCUACUCCCUAUUAUUCCACUCUCCAUCAUAACAUUCCAAUGCGAUUUCUAGACUGCACACCAAGUGAAGAGAAAGGAGAACUUGAUGAAUCAGACCGUUUCUUAAUGGACCCUUUAGGUUUUGCAUCAGACUUGGCUAUACACUGGUCAGAGCCGCCUAGUCACAUUGGUUUGAGUUUGAGAGAAAAGGGAAUGCUAGUAGGGUUUGAGAAAAAGGAUAUGGAUAGGAUCAGCACUCUACCUAAUGAGAUUGUUAGCCAUAUUCUAUUUUUUCUUUCGAUAAAGGAAGCUGCUUUAACUUCUCUUCUCUCAAAGAGAUGGAGGAAUCGGAAAUUCUCUUUGAAAGUUCGACAGAGUGUUGAAUCAUCUCAUAUCAUUCGUUGGAUCAUUAACUUGACGAGCCGUGGUAUCGUGGAUCUUGAUCUUGACACGCUCACUAGCAAAGUGAUUACACUUCCUUCUGAGAUCUUCACAUGCAAGACAAUCGUUAAGCUGAAACUAGGAUGGGGAGUUGUUAUUGCUAAGGUUCCUGAGAAUGCUUCUCUUCCAUCUCUUAAGACCUUGUUUCUUUAUUGUGUUCGGUUUUCUGGUCGCGAGGUUGAAACUCUUAUCUCUGCUUGUCAUGUUCUUGAGGAAUUAACGAUAUUUGGUGACCCUUGGGAUUUGGAACAGUGUCGUACAGUUUCAUGUCCGACCUUAGAGAGACUUACUCUUCCUUGUAAAUCUCAUAAGGAAGUUAAGGUUUCUCGGCUCCUUACGUUUGAUACUCCGAGUCUUGCCUACUUAGAGUACUCUGAUUAUGUUGCUGAUGAGUAUCCUAUUGUUAAUCUUGGCUCUCUUGUUGAAGCUAAGCUUACUCUUGAUUCGAAGAGACCUAUUAGUGAAAGCAAUCCAAAGAAUAUGAUUAAGGGGUUAAGAAAUGUUGAGAUCCUCAACUUGUCGUCUCUCAAAACCUCAAGAGGUUUUUUACUCAUGUGCUGA